CGUCAGGGCCCUUAUAGAAAAACCUCCAAAACACCAAUUUUGCUCAUGGGCGCUUUUCUUUCUCGAAUGUUCACGGUACAGCGAUAACGGUACUCCAGUCCAGGAGGUGGCAGUAAUACAUUUUGUAUUCGAUGUGAUGAAGAAGAAGCCGAAGAGAAAUGCGGAACAACAUUAGCUUUUCGUUAGCUUAGCAUUGUAAAUCCUCGCGCCUUCUGUAAACAAACUAGUCUUUGAAACGCAACAACAGUUUUGCCUAGUAGGAUUUCUUUCUAACGCGCUAUCGGCUUAACGUCGUAGACCAUUUUGUUGUAAUGACAUUAUUGUUUAGCUUAGUUUAGCUAGCCACGUAUAUAUACACCAAGCACCAGCGCAGUGAGAGCUAGCCAGCUAGCUAGCUCGCUAGCUCAGUGAUGUAGUGCUUUAAUUUGAGCAGUGCGGAUUAAAUUAACGGAUAAAUGUCUGAAAGUGAAGGAGGAGGAAGUGUUUAAUACCGCCGAACAGGAAAAAGAUGGGAACUCCGUUUAAGAUUCCGAAGAAGAAACAACCAUCGGAUUCCUCCAUCAUUUGCAUGACGUCACCUCUCUCGCGGCUUCAGGAUGACGUCACACCAAAAUUGCCCUGGAUUCGAGACACUUUGAACGGGCAAAAGUCGAACGGAAGCGUCUGUGUCAAUGGGAGAAGAGAAAUGAAGCCUGGAGCUACCGGAGCAGACCGAUGGAGACCCAAGAGAGCAUCAGAUAAGCUGUGCCAGCGUGAGGAAGACAAGCACACACCUGCAGCUAAGAAGCAAUGGGGACCCGGCACACAGUCGUCACAGCCCAGGGAUGAGGACGAUGAGGAAGAGAACGAGGAGGAGAGGAAGAAGGCUGCGUUGCCAGUCAGAGAAACAAAGAGCGGAAACACGCAAGAGUCUGUGAGCACGGGUGUAGCGGACAAGCAGAAUGGACAGAGCACACACUCUUCGUCUCACACCCCCGCCGAGGUCGGUGUGCCGGUGAAGCUAGCGAGGACACCAAAGGACACGCUCGUCCGAUCCGGUUCGGUACAACAAGCUGCCAGCGAUGGUCCUUAUGCCAGGAGGAAGCUCCGGCUGAGGCUUUCAUACAAAACGUAUGGGAGAGCCAAAGCAAGCUGUGCAGAACCCAUUGUUCUCUCCAGUGGUGAUGAAGACGAAGGAGAGGAUGAAGCACGCGGUGAUGCUCAACUAAAUCCAGAUCUACAGAAAAGCCAAAAUAUUAUUUCAGGAGGUCAGAGUUCAUCUCCUGCCAUGAUGGAACUCGCCUUCUCCACUCUGUACUUUGGCACAACACGGAGUCACGCUGAUGGACCCAUCAUGAUCACAGAAGAGUGCAUCUCGAUUCGACUGAAAGGGUCAGGAGCGGAGGCUGAUGGCGGUGAUGGCGAGCGUGCGGAGGUGUGCGUGGUGCCCUCGGAGCUGCGAGCGUACGGCGUGUGGGAUGCCGCUGGCAGCGGGUUGAUGGAGCUGCGCGACUCUUCAUCCUCCAUCGUGUUCUUUGCUCUGAGCGAUGCUCAGGCUCGACUGCUGCACACUGAGCUCUCGGCGCUACAUGAACAGACAGCAGCCCCACCCUGCCCGUUCAUAUUGUUGCACCUGAUUGGCCGAUUGGACGAGCUGCAGGAAGCCACCUUAGCAUCGCUGAUGGAGAUGAUGGCUCUGAGGAGCGGACACCCGUCCCUGGGAACAGCUCUGUCCCGGGAGGAGGGGCUGAAACGGGCUCUGUGCCACCCUCACGGUGCCCACUUCCUCACCCUGCUGGGAAACAAAGUAACCAAUCGGGAAAACCACAACGGGACCAGAAGCAGAAAACUACCUGAGGUUACGAAUACCAGACACACACUACGCAGCCAUACAAGACAGCCAAGCAUGCCCAAAAGGUUAAUUCAGUACCCCCCUCCACCCUUGAAAGGUGGCAUCACCGUGACAACCGAAGACCUGGAGUGCCUUAGGGACGGCGAAUUCCUCAAUGACGUCAUCAUUGACUUCUACCUCAAUUCUCUCCCUAGGUACCUGCAGUUAGAGAGAGCAGAUCGGGACGUGGCCGACAGGUCGCACAUCUUCAGCAGCUUUUUCUACAAGCAGCUCACACGCAAAUCCAAUAGCAGCGAGGAGGCCGGCAGCACAGCGCAGUACAGACGCCAUGGGAGAGUGAGAACGUGGACCAGAAAAGUCGACAUUUUCAGCAAAGACUACCUCUUCAUACCUGUCAAUCAGAAAGCCCACUGGUACCUUGUAGUGAUCUGUUUCCCGGGUUUGCUGGAGCCUGAGUGCGUGCCGUGGAAGAAAAGCCAAACAGAAAGUUCGGUUGAUCCAAAGGGCAAAUCAAAGGACGGCACUCUUAAAUCCAGUGAUCAUCCGGACUGCACAGUGCUCACCUGCCAGAGAACCAUGGUCACCAGAAGGCCUUGCAUUCUGAUCAUGGACUCUCUGAAGCUAUCCUACCACUAUCGCAUCUACACGCUGUUACAAGAGUACCUCCAGGUGGAGUGGGAGGUGCGGAGAGGAACUCCUCGAGUGUUUAAUAACAACAGCAUUAAAGGGAGCCUCUGCAAAGUGCCACUGCAGGACAACAGCAGCGACUGUGGCCUUUACCUGCUGCAGUACGUCGAGAGUUUUCUGCAGAAUCCAGUCGUACACUUUGAUCUCCCGCUCCGGCUCGAGCGCUGGUUUCCACAGCAGCAGGUCCGACGGAAGAGAGCGGAGCUCCGCGAGCUGGUGCUCCAGCUGUACCAGGAGCGAGGGGGCGGAACCGUGCGGUACAGCAGCUAACGCAAUUGGAACGAAGGGUCGGACUGUUCGGAACGAUACGAUCCUUUGUACCUCGGUUUCUCCAAACACAACACGUGCGCUAGACAUGAUUUAUACGAUCGCGUUCCCUUAAUUCCACGACGCACUGAAAUCACCUUAGUAAAGAUGUUCAAAUGUGUGUGUGUGUGUGUGUGUGUGUGUGUAAACACUCAAUUGUGCAAAGGGAACUAAAAGGAGUAAGAGUGCAGAAACACCGUUUUACCAAGAUGCGAAGUAUAUUUGUAUUUCCUGUUAAUUUAUUACAUUUGUAUAGUUUGUGUUUUAAUAUAUGAAAGCAAAAAUAAAUAUAAUAAAGAAAUGUAACGCUUCUAAAAAA